UUUUCGCUGCUGUCCAUUCACAGAUCCGUUUUAGCCUCGGCUUCAAAGUUCAUUACGCAAUUCUCUGCCUCUUGGGAAUCCCCAGGAUGUACAAGUAUUACAUUUAUACCCAGGACGUCUCUGCUAAGCGUAUUGCAACGCUGUAUGCGGUUACUCUAUUUCUUGGUAGUUUGUGUUGGCUGUUUGAUCGUGUACUCUGCAACGAGGUAUCGCUUUGGCCCUUCAAUCCCCAGGGUCACGCCAUGUGGCAUGUCUUGAUGGUUUUUAAUUCUUACUUUGCAAACACGUUCUUGAUGUUUUGCCGUGCUCCGCAACUGGGAUGGGCUCCAAAGAUUGCCCA